UCAGAACAACAAGCAAAAUGUACACAACACCACAACAAACCCGAGACAGUGGCUACUGGGGCUCUAGAGAAAACUCAAGUUCAAGUCUACAGAACGGCCACGCCCAUCACUCUGGCAACGGUCUCGUUAUUCGGGCCGGAAUACGGCCAAUGGGAAUGGCUGGUAACGCGACUGCCGCAACCUUUCAAGACCAAGAAGAAGGAACAAAGAAUCUUUUCGACCAAAAUGGCAGCUACAUCGGCAACGUAGCUGUGGGGGACUUGCUUCCUACUCCCAAAACUUUUGAGAUUUUAGUACAGAAUCAUGCUGGCAAACAGUACAGACCGAGAGUUCAAGCUGACUUCACAGUUCUGCAGUUGAAACAGAUUCUGAGUGAGAAAUGGGGAAUUCCCCCAAGCCAGCAAAAUCUGGUGUAUGCUGGGAAAAACCUGAACGACGACCUCACGCUGGGAUCGUACAAAAUGGAGAACAUGCUGGCCACGAACGGAAAAGUUUUCCUUACGACAAGGCUAAGAGGAGGAUAACUCCUGCAAAAGACUUUAUGCCCUUGAUAAAAUAUCCUGAGGGCAUGUUGGUUGGGCCUAAUCUAAAUCUCUGUUAUUUAUAUAUUAUACAUCAUGGACUGAUGGAUACCAACAGAAAAUAAUUGACUUUGACUCUAAGUGUGAUGAGAUUAUAGCAAUUAUAUCAGUUAUAGAAUGAACACAUGCAAAGUGUAUCACAGAAAUGUAAAACACUAGCUUGACGUUAUUGGUUUGAGUAAAUAAACAUAAAGCACUUAGACACAGCAUGGUCUCGAAGUGUUUGAAACUAGCAAGAAAGAUCAGUAGAAAUAAGGGUUGACUAGUAUUGAAACAAGGCCUCCAGUUGCGCCUGCCUGCAACUGCCAGCAAAAUACUGAAGUACAAGAAAUACGGGUGAAAAAAAGGAAACAGAUGGAAGUUACUCUGUGGCAAAAGAAAAGUAUUACGUGCUUAGAGUUUAGAGAGAUGCAGAAACUGUUUGGCCUCUUGAAGUGACUGCACCGUGCACAGUGCACUGUCAAUCAUGAUUAACCUACAUAAUAUGUGAGGCGUGCUGACAAAAUGAUUUACUUCUCACAAUCCAUAAAAGGAGAUAUUGACCAAAAAUCGACACUUGGGUCAAAUUUCUAGGUUUGUUAUUGAUGCAGUAUUCAUAAAGUAGUAAAUGCCUUUUGCUAUUUCAUACUUACAAAUGAUAAAAACUGCACCUCUAAGCAUGAUGUAUCUAUUUCCAUAGAGCCCUAAUCCGAGAAGUAACUCAUUUAGUCAGCACACUCCACAUAUUAUAAUACGACAUACUACUUGCAGUAUUCAGUGUGUCGGCCGGCGCGACAACGGUCCAAUUUCCUCGGGAACAAAUCAAGACAAAACUGAAAAUAUGUAGAAGAGGUGGACCAAUCUUGGACACUAAAAAAGACCACUGACUUUGACAGACAGGAGCUCUACUGUUAUACCUGCAUAACCUUCUUUGAAAUAAUUUCUGUAUGUGUUUGGCUUAGAACCAGGUUUGAACUAAGAAUCAAUCCGUUGCAACCAGUGAGACAUUGUACAGAACCUGCUUACAUAAUAAUAUUAUUAUCGUAUGUAUUUCACUGAGAAAGAACUGGAUUAAACUUAGAAGCGAAUCCUUCCUAUCCGUGAGACAUUGAACAAACCAUGUGUAUAAUAAAUAUAUUAUUGUAAUUUGUGUCUGACUUAAACCGGCAUUUGACUUAGAAUCAGAUCAUAACAACCACCGAGAAAUAUGGUCCAGGACCUACUUAUAUAUUAUACUGUGGUAUGUGUUUGACUUUGAACCGGAUUUGACUUUCAACCGAAUUAUUACAACUGGUGAGACUUGUUGUACAAGUGCGGUGCCAGAGAAGAGAUUUCUUCACAUGACGUUAUGACGUUCUUACGUAGAGCGCUCUGUAAAUGUGCCACGUAAUAGCUUUCCUCCCCCCCCCCCAACCCCACUUCCCCCAUAACACACCCACGACCCUCCCCACCAGCAUACUCUCUUUCCGAAAGGGAGAGAGGUGUGGGAUAGUUAGGGAUAUGUACAAACUCGAGAUAAGAGAUUCAGACACUUUAUGAAUCUACGUGUUUUCUUAUAACAUACCGUACAUGAACUGUUGUUUAUAUUGAUUUGCUUACUGCUUGUGUGUGAAUGCUGAUAUAAAUUAUACGAACUCUUUAGAAUUUUAUGUUGGUAUUUUUAAUCGAGACUUGAUGUUGCAAAAUGAUAUGUUCAUGAAAGGGGCUGUAUUUUAACUUAACUUUCACAAAUGUUUUGUCAUCAUUAUUUUACAAGUCACUUUUAUUGGUAGUAGGGCCUUCUUUAUACGAUUAAGAUGCUUAGAGAGGAAUAAAAAACAAAAUUUGCAUAA